UGACAAAUAAUUGAUGAGCCAACUGCUUGUGUGUGUGUGUGUGUGUGUGUGUGUGUGUGUGUGUGUGUGUGUGUGUGUGUGUGUGUGUGUAUGCUCCUGCUAUUUUUUGAUCCAGGGAUGGAAGGAAGCAUGCUCUAUUCCACUUAACUGGGCACUGUGAUACUACUGAACCAUGCAAUUAUAGUAGCAAUGGCAGCACAGACAUCUCAGACACGCUAUGGUAGUUUGAUCACACUUAUAAUGUUAAUACAAACCAUGUUAACUUAGUAACGAUAGAAAGGUGGGAAUAAUAAACACUUCGAUCAUUAUCAGAGGAAAACUGAAUGAUCCUUGAAUGUACAUACCUCACUCUUUUUAAAAUACAUCAAACCCAGUCAUUUAUACCCUUUUAUAAAUGAUGAAUAUCAGUUCAUAAAUAAACUUAAGGAUGUGUUGGUGUAUUGUACCUAAAGAGGACAAUUUCAAAUAAAAAAAAAAUCAACACAAAGCUAAGUGCCCUGCAGGCAGGAGAAUAAUUACACUAUCUAACGGAGGAUCAUACAUGAUCCUUGCCUCCCACGUUGUGGCAGGAUAAUUGUGUUGCCAUGGCAAUGCAAUCUGCUCCCAUCACUUUGGUUUUACACCAGAUUGAACCAGAUGGAAGUCCACAGCCUUAGAUAGGUGUAAUAAACAGCAGAAGUAGUCAGUUGUCGUGAAGGUAUGGGCGUGCAGUGAUGAUUUUGUGUUUAAAGGAGUGUUACAUUUUUCUUCCUUUCAUUGUUUACUCAUUGUUUUUUAUCCUUAUGUUCCACCAACUGGUAGAGCCACAUUUACAAAUGCCAGGUGGGAAUGUGUUAUUGUGUUAGAAAUGUAUUCCACAGCCUAAUAAACUAGAUGACAUGAGUAAAUGAAAGUAUUUGUUGUGGUGACGUCAAGGUACAGUUAUUAAAAAUUGCUAUGCUGUCAGCGAGGCUGUCAAGUACUGAACACUAGAUGCUACAUUAAUGUAAGGUCAAUGAAGCUGUUUAGCAGCUCUUGCUUAUAAUGUUCUUUUAACUGUGUGUUUGAAUACCUCUCAAAUCACAAAAAGAUAAUUUCCAUUAACUUACAAUUUCAAAAAGUAUGUAAAAGGUUAAAAGGAAGCUGCUGUAGCGCUUUAUAUUUUACAUCAUUAACUGUCAGGAGGUUAAAUAAAACCCUAUAAGGCGUCGGGCAGUUUGAUGCUCGUAUGAAGCAAGAACCUUUACCUACAUGUUGUGUGGAUCAGUCUUAGUGUCUAUAUCAGGCUUUGAGCACAGACAAAUUACAAUAUAAGAAAGUUUUAAAAGGGUCUGUACAUCUGCAGAAUUAUCUUUGUUUUUAGGGUAUCUCCUAAACCCACAAGUACAGCUGAAAAUGAAGCUGAACCUCGAUUUGGGCUGGAAAAGGUCAUUAAUACCUAUGAAAUUGGCUGUUUGCUCUCAGGUUUACCAUGUGUUGCCUCCCACAAACUAAGAAAACUAGCUGACUAUUAAUGGGGCUUUCAGUCUGUUAUAGUGAAAACUUGAGGCAGGGUUCCCCUACCAGAAAACCCACAGGGAGUGUGCAAUCCCCUUGUGUUGUGGUUUUACAGAUUUGUCUCAAUUAAAUGAUUUUUGAGAAGUUUGGACAUACAAGUAUGUGAUACUAAACAGCUGCAUAAAAUGGCGUCGUUUUCUGAUUGUGCUGUGGGCUUUGUGCAUAUCAAUUCAACUUUUUAUGACCAGGAUGAGUGGGUGUUUGAAUAGUGGGCCUGGCAGCUGGUUACUCAAGGGUUAAAGCUGCACAAGCUCCCCAGAGGAGUUGGUAGUUGACACUCUUAUGAUGGCUAGUAUUGUGCAAGAAAUUAAUAUGUCUUUCAACUUUAAUAUAAUCAUAAAAUCCAUCAAGAUUCAGUUUCAGUGCAGUGUCCAGGCAGCAGGUGGUUUAGUUACUUCAUUUUUCUCCUCUCAUGGAGGAUCCUUCACCUCUCCUCCCACGCAGACCUCCCAGGCGCUCCUCUCCGCCGGGGGCUGCGUGGAGUAGCACACACGGACCUGAUAGUAAGCCAGGAGAUGUAAGUGAAGACAGUGAGGGGAGAUAGUGUGUGUGGGCAACAUCUCUACUUCAUUAUCCGCUGCAUGGUGGAGGAGAGAGAGGGAGACAGGGGUGUUCACAUGACGGUGUGAGGAGCGUCUUGGACAGACUGAGGUGUGAAAGAUUUGAUUUGUUGAGUAGCCUAUCUUCUGCAAGAUAAGUCUGUAAAGGUGUCAAGAGAAAGUUGUGUGGGAGAUUGUGAAGUUUGAAUCUGUUGCUGCUUUUUCAGGAAGGAGAACCACUGGAAGACGACAGGAUAAGUCUCAUGACGGCUGGACUGAGCUGAAGGCAGAAGCAGAAGCAGGGUAAUUGACUUUUUAUCUUUGUUUCUUUAGCAACCUCUUAGUUAAUCUAGAAUUACAAGAAAGAUAGACUUAAUAGCAUGAUACAUUUGCAAAACAAGCUGUUCUAUCUAUCUAUCUAUCUAUCUAUCUAUCUAUCUAUCUAUCUAUCUAUCUAUCUAUCUAUCUAUCUAUCUAUCUAUCUAUCUAUCUAUCUAUCUAUCUAUCUAUCUAUCUAUCUCUUAUUUAAAAAUAUAUUGUCUCCUAGAUAUAUAUUUGUGUCCCCAAUUCCAGUGUUUCUAUUGUGUCAAUAUGAACAACUCCUACAUGUCCUUUAUAUUCUCUGCUUGCCCAUCCCAUUCUGGCAGAUGGCUGUCAACCAAUGAGUUUGGCUCUGCUAGAGUUUUCUGCCUGUUGCAGUCAAAGGAAGAUUUCGGAGAUACAUUAGCCGUAAUUACACAGUUGUUGACUGCGUGCAGUAGUUUUAUAGUUUGUAAGCAAAUAAAAGUCUACAUAGUGAAAUGAUUGAAAAUAAAAGAUGUCACUUCACAUUAACAUCAUCAGCACCCUGGACUGGUAAUUUCAUGUGACUGGAUAGGGAACAGAAAGUUUUAUAGUGAAAUGUUUUUUCUAAAUAUAUGUUCCUCAAACACACAAAAAAAAGACUCCUGGGUUGUCUUCAUGUUAUCUGACAGAGCUAUUGUUUGUCAUUGUCAUCUUCAACAAUACCCAUUGUCAGUAUGAAACAAAAAAACAAAAGCUGCCUUUCAUGGUUAUUGUCAUUUUUUGUGUCUAUGAAAAAAUGUAAUUUUUUUCGUCAUGUGAUAAUUUUCUCGCCUACUUUACAUUAUACUGUUUUAGUCAUAUUAUGUAAAGUAGUGUACAUCCACAAAAAUGCUAAGUCAGUGUAAGGAAUGAACUCUUGACGUACAGAGUACUCAACAUUUCUUCAGUAGAUUUAUACAUGAAACUACCCUUUCAUCUGGAUGGCCUGGUUACACUUUUCUGCAUAAAUUGUUGAAUUGAGUGACAGGGUGUCCACAAGAGAAUGUAUAGUAAACCUACAGUGAAAAGACAUGUUGCUUAGGGGGGCAGACUCACAGAAAGAGAAGGCUGCAAGGUAGAUUUAUUUUGACUUUGAAGAACAUGACAUGUACUUAAAAGUUGGCAGUUCAGUGUGCAUGUCCAUGUGUUUUGAUGUAUGUGUGUGUGUGUGUGUGUGUGUGGAGGUGUGAGAAGGUCAGCUCAUGUGAGAGGCCUUUUCAUGUCUGUGUGCUUAUGAGAGCAGAGCUGUGAGACGUCCUGUCAUAUUGCCGCUCAGCUCAGAGGCUCUCGCACUCGGUGCUGACUCGCUGAACUGCUGGGACCCUUCGAGAGUAACUUGAUCACACUGUUUGACGCAGACUCUUAACCAUGAGUGGUGAGUAACCAGUGAGCAGGUCAUUGAGGUUUGGAAAGCUAGAGACUUUCUCUGACUUGAUAUUAUAUGUUAUCAUUAGAGAAAACAGGGUUGUAGAAGUUACUUAAACAAAGAUAGGUACUUUUCUUCAGAGAUUGCUGCUGUUUCUUUAAGGUUUCCUCAUUGAUUCAUUGAUUUUGAAGGAACUUUGUGUGUGUGUUGGGGAGGGGGGUCAAUUACGAAAUGAUUUUUGUUUUUAUACUUGGAUGCAGAAAAAACAUUAAGUUUAACGCAACAGUAUGUAACAGCUUGAGAUGAGAUUCCUGUGCACUGGUGUCUUUUAACAUAGCAGUCUAAAGUGGCUUUCUAUUGAGGUGUGAAAUGUGCUCAGCAUUACAGGCUGCACAGCUGUACACCAACUAAACUAAUGGCUCUGAUUAUAGCUUUCAAUAGUUGCUUGUUAUUGGUGGUGCAGAGGAUUUAGAUUUCAUAUUUGUUUUUUUUUACUGUGUAAAGAAUAGAAGUCGACUAUCUCAGGUUUAUGGAUGCUUUCUGUUAGCGUCACAGGCCCUCAUGUCCUUUCUGCCUGGUUAAUGUUUAUCACUGUCCUCAUCCUUAGGUGGAUGUUUGGGUUGUCAGACAAAGGCUUGAUCAGGACAGGGCAGUAUGAGUUGGGGUUGGUGGCUUCGAGGCCAGAAAUCACUCUGAAGUACUUUAAUAGCAGCUUGAAUAAAACUCAUUAACAGCGUUUUAGGAAGACUGUUGUAACCGCAGCUGUAUCACAAACUACACUAUUAAAUCACAUUGUGAAGGUAUUUUUGAACUCUGUAAUCUAUUGAUCACAUUGAUAUUAAAACAUUUACAGCAUCAUGGUAUUAAAUGUGCAUGGUUGGCCCCAAGUCGGCCCCUGUAUACUGCUGCAGUAUGACAGGAUCAGGCUGAGAUAGAAACCUAGUCUACACUGUAGCGCUGAGAAACCCAAAACCAAAUCUUUGAAUUAAACAAAUAAAACGUCAUGAUAAAGUUUCUUUCUUGGCAAACUUUGGCACAUCAGAAGUCUUCUUUCAAACAAGAAUGAAAUGAACAGCCAUGUGAAUUUCAAUCUUGGGGUACUGUGGUUUACAUAAAGUGUUUAAGAGGAGGGGGUGACACUAAUCGUUUUAUGUAUUAUACAAAUGUAAGUCACAGUGGAAGACUGCUUUCAACUGAAGUAACUUGUACUCUUGUUGAUAAUAUAUUUUUUUAAAUAAAUAUAAAAAUAGUCCCCCCCCAAAAAAAAUAAAAUAGAUAAAGAGACAGAGUUAUAAAGUAUCCUCCAAACAGUGAAGUGCUGUGGUUACACACUUUAAGUUGUAAUCAUUUAGUCAUCCUAAUGUGUAUUCAUAAGAUGGUGACUUUCUUAGUAUUUGGUGUUUUCAUGUUUAAAUUCCCGGGGCGACGUUUGAUUCAGAAUUUAAAUUAUGCGUCCCAUGUACAAAGGCGCAGGUUGUAUUCCAACCCGUGGCCACCUACCUCGCCCUACUCUCUCUCUCUCUCUCUGCUUGUCUUUCUCACCACUGUUCAGGAAUUAAGGCAAAAAAAUAAACUUGACAGUUCAGAUCUUUCUUUAUGUAAAUACCUAAUUCAUCAGAAGUUUUAUUAUAUCCCUAUUCUUUAUAUCUAUUGUGUUUUUAUCAUUCUGGGUUUUUUUUCUAAUGCUGCUGGAAUUUUAAUUCCCAUGAGGGCACCUUCUCAAAAAGAUCAACAAAGUCUGUCUAAUUUAAUCUAAUCUGAUCUAAUCUAAUUUUCUUUUUGUUUUAUAAAUGUCUACUGAACAUGAACAAAUAAAGACAGUGUAGUGCUUGGUUCAUAAGUGAAGGUAGAGCAGCAGGACCUCGUUUUAGGUGUGCUAACUAAAACUUACCUCCUGUUAUCCAUUCAGCACAUUGAGUGUUUAGUAAAUGGGAUCAUCUGCAGUCUGCUGAGUUCUACACACUUAUUUAUUUUCAUAUUUCACUUUUUGAUUAGAUGUUUCCUCUGCAGGCCAGUUACACACACUCAAAGGAAGUGAUAGCAGUUCUGCGUAAAAGCUGAUCAUUAUCCGACACUGAGUUACAAAUACAUUGCAUUAACUAGUGAUGUCCCAAGACGUGCUCAACAAUAGGUCUUAUACUAUCGUUGCACAAAGUAUAUGUAGAUAAAUGAGGAUCUCAGAACAAUGCACAAAAGAAAAUCAAUAGAAAAGACAGACUAGAUGAUGUCUCUGGAGAUCAUAUGCUAAGUGGUAACCCCCCUCUGGGGACGACUGAAGGUAUAGAGGUGUUGGAGCUCAAAGGCCAGCUGUAUUAGUGUAUUGUUCUGAGAGUAGAGCGUGUCAGUGUGUUUGUGGAGGGUGAUCUAGAGGAAACACUGUAGCCUACAUAGAUAAGGAGAAGUGAGACCAACAGCCACGUGUUACACACUCGCACACUCAUCGUGUUGUACGGCACAGAAAUUCACGGUAAGGCUGCUGAAGUUUACUCUCUGAUCUUUUACAUAUUUGUUGCACUUCUGUUACUGUAUGAAAUUGUCACAGUGUGAGAGGUACAGCUCAUCCUUGCUUUUCUGCUGAAGUUCACCAAUGCAACAUAAAGCUUAAAUGUGUGGUUACCAAACUUGAAUUGCAUUUGUAGUUUACUUACAUUUAAGAUUAUUCUAUAACUGUAACUUAGGUUUAAUAUGAUACUUGCCGUGUACUGGUGUUAGACCAAGAAGACGACAGACCUCGAUAUACAUCAUGUUCAGUUUAACCGGUUUUCAUUCAUGAUUUAAGACAAAAUUACCAGCAAUGGGCUCAUGUAGAGCCUGAAGUCAUAAACAAGUGUUUUUACUUUUAAUGCUGCAGUAUGUUCAAUACAAAACCCGUGACAAUUUAGGGUGUUUUUUUGUACAUCAGACCGUGGUGUGCACCAGUUGGGUGUUUAUGUUGUGACUCAUGAUAAGCUUCCCUCCAUUUCUUGCCUUGUCGUUAUCUUCAAGUAUGAUUGGUGCCAAACCCAUAAAAGACCGUUACAGUGGUCUAUCAGUUCAGGUUGCAGUGAUAAAGAGCUGCAGUUUAUUCAUGUCUGGGUUAAUUUAUUGACUUCUUGUUUAGUGGAUGGGGAAGAGGGUGUCAAAUAUUUAAUUCGGUAAUUAAAAUGUGUUAAAAUUGCUUAAAAUAAUAAUGAUAAUGUUGUAAAUAUAAUAACAAAUAUAAAGUAUUCAAUAAAACAGAUGGAAACAACAAAUACUUACAUUUUAAAAGCUGGAACCAGCCUUAUCUAAUGACAUCUAACUCAUCUUGAUAGAUGUCAAUAUUCAUCAACUUCCUCUUUUACUAUUAUAUUGACUUCAUAUCGUAAAGAUGGCAAAUUAGAUUUCUGGCACUUUAUAAAGAGCUUGACUUCUUUUUUUUUCUGGUUUGAUAUACCAAGCUCACAAAGUCCCAGUCAGCAUUUUAACUUCCCAUUGUGGUUAUAUUAGACACUUUCAGUUUCAAACACUGUUAGUACUGUGUCCUGAUUUGCUUUGGUUUGACUUACCAUCUCCAGACAUUGCGUUUGUUUGUGUCUUGUGGUCAGUCUGGUGUGACUUUCACCCAUCUACACUCAGCAAUCUUCCAUCGUCUGGUUCUGAAUAUCUGUUAGCUGAAAAAUGAAUAUCUGUUACUAAUCUUCAUAUCCAUGUUUUAAAAACUUCAUCUCUUCAACUCCUUGACCAGUUUCCCAAGAGACCUGCCUCCUGGACCAGGUGCUAGAUCUGAUUAUGAAUGAGAAGCCCCCCACCAGCGCUAGUCUCUUCUUGAACGAGGACUCCGAUAAACCCCCACUUCCAGAGAGAGAAGACUUCAAGAGGUGCAUACGCAGAGCCAUGGAGAGGAGGGCGAGUAGCAUCAAGGAGAGGAUGAGCUCCAUCAGUCGAGAGAGUGUCAAAGGUUUCCUCAAAAGGAACCUGUUUGUUCUCUUCACUGUUGCGGCUGUGGCUCUGGGUGAGUGGAGGUCUGGGAUCAUCAUAGUGCCCGUUUUCAUUUCACCUCAUGUUAAAGGUGGGAAGCUCAAAUAUUAUGAAAAAUGUGUGAAAGUAUUGUGUUCAAGGUUAUUGGUUUUACAGUUUAAGAUUGUCUGAUUCCCUUAAAUUUAGGUUAUCAGAGAAAGCUUAUUAUUUCACUACUUCCAAAGAUGAUGGUGACACUAAAGAUAAUGAAAAUCUGGGGAGUUGAAAGACAAUUUUUGAAUAUUCAACUUAUUAGUUUCUAUCAGACAAUACAAACUGUCAGUAUUUAAGCACUUCCUAGGCUGCUAGGGAGUAAAUUCCUAGAUAUCAUUACUUUGGCUCUGUAUUGUAUAAACCUCCAAGUUGUAAAAUUUGCAGUGUCUGACUAAAGGUUAUGGUAAGAAGCUGAAUGUUAAAAUUUGCUUUUGACAAAAUGUAGUGCUGUCAAAGGGUAUUGGCUUCGUUGCAAAAAUAGUCAAUUGACUUUAUCUGAUUUUGUGCUUUUGUUGGCAUGUGUACAUGUUUUCAGGAGUCAUCCUGGGCUUUACUCUACGCCCACUCAACCUGUCCCUGAGGGAGAUCAAGUACUUUGCCUUUCCUGGGGAGCUGCUAAUGAGGAUGCUGCAGAUGCUGGUGCUGCCGCUUAUCGUCUCCAGUUUAGUCACAGGUUGGUUUAAAGGAGCAUGAAUACACUUUGUGUACACUUUCAAGUUGAUGACUUAUCAGAUGCAAAAAUGUAAACAGUGUAAGAGCUAUUAAUGCACUGUAAAUAUUGACAGCUCUAAUGACUGUCAAUACACUGAACCUGCUGAAAACUGUGCUCAAAUUCAUCUCCUCUGUAUUAGGUAUUUCCUCUUUGGACAGCAAAGCAUCGGGUAAGAUGGGUAUGCGUGCUGUAGUCUACUACAUGGUGACCACCCUGCUUGCUGUGUUUAUCGGCAUCGUCAUUGUGAUAAUCAUCCGACCUGGGAAAGGCAGCAGGGACAGUCCUAUGGCCAAAAGUGGAAACAUAGAACCAGUUCAGGCCACUGAUGCUUUCCUGGAUCUGAUCAGGUACCAACAGCUCAUAAACCACUUAGAAACUUCAUAUAAAUCAUUGUUGAAGUUCAUGAGGAGAGUCGCCACUGUGCCAGCAGUUUUUAGAUAGCUAACACAAAACCACAUCAUCUACUCUGAUAUUUUGGGAAAUAUUGACAGUCAGGAGACACAGCAUCCAGUAGAUGGCGUGGCACAGUAGCGCCAGAAGAUCUCCAACGCACAUACAGACUUUCUAUUUAUCCUCAAUCACUCUUUUUAUGUUUUUCUAAGGAUAUAAACACUCAAGAUUCUUCAAUUUUUUUAAAGUUUGCUUUCGAUAUGUGAGAAGAGAGAUUUGUGUGAGGGCUCAAGAGCACAUUUGUGAUAGUUUCUUAUGUUUUUUCCAGAAAUAUGUUUCCUCCAAACCUUGUAGAGGCAUGUUUCAAGCAGGUGAGGCACUCUUUCCUAUCUGUUCUUUGAUAUGGUUGAUAUUGAUAUUGUUAUUGUACAACUACCAGCAUCCAUCUCAAGACCUAACCCAACUGAUUACAAGGAAAAUAAAUCAAUGCUUUGGUGCCUUUAUAGACACUCAUUCAGUUUCCUUUGUUUUUGAUUUUCAUGUCCUCUUUAUAGUAUAAAACUGUGUACAAGAAGACUGUGCACACGAGGAACGUGACAGUGACUCUGAAUCUCACCGACACUCUCAAUGUGACAGACUCGAAUCUGAGCAUGAACCUGAGCAGAGUGCUGCACACCAUACAGGUGAGUACACUGCAUGAAGUGUCUCCCUAUCAAGUGGGAUAUCUAUUUAAUGACACUUUAUACUUGAUAUUUUUUAUUGCAGGAGACAGUGGAGGAGACUGUCCCUGUGUCCGGCUCCUCUGGUGGAGUGAAUGCCCUUGGUUUGGUUGUUUUCUCCAUGUGCUUCGGCCUGGUCAUUGGCAACAUGAAACAGCAGGGUCAGGCCCUUCGAGACUUCUUUGACUGCCUGAAUGAAGCCAUCAUGAGGCUCGUGGCCAUCAUCAUUUGGUUCGUGAAGACAAACCUCAAACUAUUUAACCUUCUGAUCUUUGUCUCUAGAUUGACACAAAAAUCAGUCACUUUUUCAUCUCCAUAUAUACUCAUGUCACCCCUUAGGUAUGCUCCAGUAGGUAUCCUGUUCCUGAUUGCAGGGAAGAUUGUGGAGAUGAAGGAUCUGGCACAGAUGGGAGGUCAGCUGGGAAUGUACACAGUGUCAGUCAUUGUCGGUCUCCUCAUCCACGGCCUCUUCGUUCUGCCACUACUCUUUUUCCUGGUGACCAGGAAGAAUCCCUACAGCUUCAUUGGCGGCCUGCUGCAGGCGCUCAUCACUGCUCUGGGAACCUCAUCAAGGUAAAUAUUAUGCAUAUAUAUUAUGGCACUGGAUGUGAAGUGAUAAGACAAAACCAUAUGAUAGGAUACUGCACUAUACUCAUCUGUAGCAGACGAUAAGAUGUGGUACAAUUUGUGACAGUCAGUAUGAAACUGUAGGGUACAAUACCAUGGAAUACAAUAUAGUUUCAAAUUAAUUCAUACAAUUUAAUAUUAUAAGAUACAUCAUGAUACUAUAGGAAACAAUACAGAAUGAUGUGGUACAGUAUGAUAUGGUAAGAUGCACUACUGUGGAACGAUGCAAUACAACAAGCAAUAUAAUUCUGCAGGAAGUUGUGAAAUGACGAUUUGACGAUAACUCUCUCUCUUCUUACUUCAGUUCUGCUACUCUGCCUAUCACCUUCCGUUGUCUGGAGGAGAACAACCGUGUGGAUAAACGAGUGACACGUUUUGUCCUCCCUGUGGGCGCCACCAUCAACAUGGAUGGGACCGCCCUCUAUGAGGCUGUAGCAGCUAUUUUUAUCGCCCAAGUCAAUGACAUGGAUCUGAACUUUGGACAAAUUCUCACUAUAAGGUAAACCUGUAUUUUAGAUUUAAUUGAAAAAAUACGAACAAAUACGACGGAUUAUAUUUGAGCAGCCUCCCUCUGAAGUGAAAAAGUCCUCAAUCAUGCUGAAAGUCUCUUUAAAUGUCAUUUUGAGAGCUGCUGCACAUGGAUCCCACUUUUUGCUCUUCAGGGAGCUGUCUUAAAUCUAUGAAAUUACCACGGUGUUGUUUAGGUACAUCAACAACAUGUUUGAUGGUAAGAAACUUUGGAGUUUGGAGAAGUUAACUUACUAUAACUCCUCAAUCCAUUUCUUCAAUCUUCUUGCCAGUGGAUGAGGGCUGUAUAUUGGCAAAUUAAACCUAGAGCUAGACCUGCAGAUAGAUCCUUUUAAGAGGAUUUCAUACUCUCAAUCAUUUGGAGCUUUUAGGUCAAGCAAAUGCAUGACAGCUAAGAGGAUAUGCAGCAAUGAAGAAGUUGUGAAGCACUUUUUUCUCAAAGCUGAUAACUUACAAUAUUUGACCAAUAGCUAUAACUGUUUCAAGGAGCAUAAUUGUCAAAACUUGACAAAGAACUUACAUCCACAAGCUCUGAUGCUAUGGUCAGAUUCUGGUAUAAAAGUGAGGGAAGUUGGCAUUGGGUAUGCAGGUUUUUGCAGAUCAGUUUGGGGAUGAACUAAAAAAAAAACACUGAAAAGUCCAAUGGAUAGAACCAGCAUUUUCUCUUUCAAUCUUUUUGUCCUUAAACUCUUGAACAUAUUGUUUAAAUGGGAAAAAUAUGGUUCUUUUUAAGACAACCUUUGUCAGAUAAUAACACAUAUCCUGGCUGGGUAACCUCAGGUCUCACUUUGUGCUGUUUGUUGGUUAUAAAUAACUUCAUUUUUGAGUGAUUGAGUUUGAAAACAGAUAUGUUUUCUUUAUGAAUCGCCGUCGACAUGAAAUUCUACAAGCAUUCUUGUUUCGUUUACCAUGAAUUAUAUGGUUCGCAAUAGUGAUCUCAGACAUACUCUAACAUAGCAAUGAUGUAAUCCUUUUUAAAGACGCGUACGCCUUCAUUGAGGUUAUUUACAGAGUAUGGCUGUAUGACCACCUGGAAAAUGAUUUACAUAAGUGUGAAAUUCCUCUGCUGCGUUUGUCACUCAUCUACUCCCACCACGAGUACACAUGUGCAGUUGAUUUGUUUCUCUUUAUUAAAUGUCUUCACUCUCUUCUUCAUCCCUCCCACCACCCACUCAGUAUCACGGCAACUGCUGCCAGCAUCGGAGCAGCAGGCAUCCCUCAGGCUGGCCUGGUUACCAUGGUGAUAGUAUUGACAUCGGUAGGACUGCCCACAGAGGAUAUAACACUGAUCAUCGCUGUGGAUUGGUUCUUGUGAGUUUCCACUAAAUGUCAGCUUUAUGGGGAUUGGUCUGUGCGUAUGCCAGCAGAAAUGUCAUUGUAAAGCUUCAGAGAGCCCAGAGAGCUCUCUUCUACAAAGGUUAUUGAUGCAUAAUGCAGAGUGGCAGCUUUAACAACAACAAAAAAGGAAUAAUGAUAAGCUUUUGUCAAUAAUAUAUCCCCUGUCCAAACUUGUCUACAUAAUUAUUUCUUUUCUCUCUCUGUCUUCCAGAGACCGUUUGCGAACCACAACAAACGUACUGGGCGACUCACUUGGGGCCGGCAUUGUGGAGCACCUUUCUCGCGGGGAGCUGCAGACUCAGGAUGCCGAGGCGUGCAACUCCGUGCUCGAGGAGAAUGAGAAGCCCUACCAGCUUAUCUGCCAGGAAAACGAUACACACAACCACCACAACAGUGAGACUACAAUGUGAUGAUACAAGAGAAAUGACCUGAGACCCACGUACACCGAGCAUUUAGCUAGAGGUCUGACUUUCAGGGGUAAAGAUUAAGUCUUAGUAGUUCUGGGCAAGACACGACCUUCAUGCCCCUCCAUCCCCACCUGACAGGAACAAGGAGCACAUUCUGAUAAGGGACAGUUACAAACCUACGCCUACAGUCUGAUGUAUAGCCUUGAGUGCCAGUUAUUUGAAGGCCUUUUACUAAUUUAUUUCAGGAAACCUCAAAAAACUUUUAUUGCCUUCAGAUUCAUCAAUUUUUCAAAACUUUGUAAUGUUAAUGAUCCAUAAAGCCAGUGAAUCAUACAUUCUUACCAGCAUUAGUGUUAAAAUACAAAUAUCAGUACCACUGUUUAUUUUAAAAGACAGAUAAAACAGCUGAUAAUCUGCUCUUGUGAAUGUGUUAUUCAAGCCAAAUGAGGUUUUUUUCCUGCUGCGCCGUGUAACACUUGAUAAAUCCUUGUUUCCUUUUUAUACACUUGUUUUUGUCACCACCAUCAUCACGACUACCUCUAAUGGACCUAAGAGUUAUAUAUCAGUCUUCAGCAGCAUACACAUCAUAUACACAGGAGCAUAUCAUCAAAAUGUAAAUACAUCAAUCUCAGAAUAGUUUGGGAUCCUGAUUUUGGAGAUUUGAACAUUUUUCUUGUUAUUUAAGCUUGCUUGCACAAUGUCGUUCACAACUUUGAAUGUACUUGACUGUUAAACACUCGAGGACUUUGUGGUAGAGAGUCCUUGCUUCUGGUUAUUUUGUAGUUUGAAGGUAUUUUUUGUAAUUGUUUUAUAUUUUGAGUGACUUCCUAGAAUGUGAUUUCUUACAGAUAUUAUGUAUUUCCUGUAUUUCUUGGUGCUAUUGCUUUUAACAUGGGACUGUUAUGCUACAAAGUUAAGUCACAGAAACACCUGCCAUCGUACUUGUUCCUUUCUCCAUACUUUCUUUUACUCUUAACACAUGACUAGUUUUCAGUCAAGAGUGGCGAAUCCUCAAAAGGAUUCUCAGUCUUAUUUUCCUUCUUGGUCGAAGUUCUCAAUUUCCUUUUUUGUAAAAUUGGAUUGCUCUUGCACUUGUUAAUUUUUGAGAUGGUUUAUUUGUUUGGUUUGAAGAACUCCAGUAGUGUAAAGACUGGUUAAGAGCUUUUUGUAGUUGAUAUCAAAAAUGUGCAGAACAUAAGUAUAUCAAUAUACUUGCCUGCCUGUGUUUUCUGCUAGGCAUUAAUUGAAUUACUUUAAUUGUAUGUGGUUGUAUUUAUGUUGGAAUGAUCUAUCUCAAGCUAUCCAUUGACACAUUUUUAUUGUUUUGUGAACAGGUACUGUGACAAGAGUACGUAAAUGCCUCGAGGAAUUGAAUGUACAGUUGCUUAAUGCCUUUUGGUGUUGAUCGUUUUAGCAGAUAUUCGAGCUCAUUAUUAUGAAAAAUGAGGUUGUGAAGUAUUUAGUGGAAAGACUUUCUGAGUUUGUUUGAUUUUCAUGCUCAUUAAGAGGUUUUACUUUAGUUUCGAUGCUUGAUGUUAUUUCUGUAAAUUUUGAUGAACGGCUUGUGAAAAAUGUGACAAAUAAAUGGCUCAGGAACUGAA